GAAGGAAACGCAAAAAAAAAAAAAAAAAAAGUUAAAAUCUUAUUAUUUGUAAAAUCCGUUUACUUUUUUAUAUUUUAUUUUUUUUUCCGCCAAAAUCAGAAAAUCUUCUUCUUAAUGCACUAAUAUUCUCAAUUUCCUCAAAAAAAUCUUCUUCUUAAUUCCAAAUUUAUUGAUCCCUGGAUUUCGAAUCAUACAAUUUAAAUUUCCUCUCUUAAUCCUUGUUAAUCUGUUUCAACAAUCAACAUUUUAAAUCAAAUCCUCUACUCUGAUUUUGUUUCUUCUUAUAUAUCACUUAGAUCAAGAAAUGGAGAAAAACACUAGCUGUUUUUUCUCCAAUUCAUCUCCAAAUCUUGUAAUCACUUGUUUCGUCGCCUUCAUUACCAUCAUAUUGGUCCGAUUUCUCUACGUUAUUUACCGAACCGGUAAGCCUCUAAACAAAAGAACUCCGCAGCAGACUCUCAGCACUCUCAUUGUUUUAGGUUCAGGAGGACACACAGCGGAGAUGAUUAAUCUUUUAUUAGUUUUACAAAAGGAUCGAUUUACGCCGAGGUUUUAUAUCGCCGCCGCUACUGAUAAUAUGAGUCUUCAGAAAGCUCGCGUGUUUGAGAAUUCUUUGGUUGAUUCGGGUGUCAAGGGAAUCUCUGCAGAGUUUAUGCAAAUCUAUAGAAGCAGGGAAGUUGGUCAAUCAUAUGUAACUUCUGUCUGGACAACUUUAGUUGCUACGGCUCAUGCAUUGUGGCUAAUGAUUAAAAUCAGACCUCAAGUGGUUCUUUGCAAUGGACCUGGUACUUGUAUUCCUCUAUGUGUAAUUGCUUUCAUUUUCAAGGUUGUUGGGAUUAGAUGGUCAUCCAUAUUUUAUGUUGAGAGCAUUGCAAGAGUAAAAAGGCUCUCUUUAAGUGGUCUGUUGCUUUACAAGUUACAGAUUGCAGAUCAGUUCUUUGUGCAAUGGCCACAACUGCAGAGAAAAUACCCUCGAGCUCAUUAUGUUGGUUGCCUGAUGUAGUGAAUUAAGUCUGCUGCUGAUGGGUACUCUUACUUUAACUUCUAAGGUUUUUUUUUUUUACUUAAAUAGUGUAUUCAGCAACAUGGUCUGAAGUAGACCAUGAUAUUUGGCCAAAAAGAAAAAGUGAUAGAAUGCCACACGAUUCUUUUGAAAAUUUGACUCUAUUUACUACAGUUGCACAUUAACAAAAGCAUGUUAUUUAAUAA